CCGAAUGUACACAUCGUCUAGCUUUGCAUGGAUGUGCGCAAACAAAUCUGCGCGGUAAACAGAAAUGUCAAAAUAAACAUUCACACAAAUCUGGCAUGAGCAAAUCAAAAGAUCAAGGCGGUGGAGCGGCACCUGCGCUUUUAAAGAAGCUAUGUUGCAAAAUCACCGGACUUCCAGAGACUGAUGUGCAGCCAUACUUGCAGUUUGCCUACAAAUUGCUCGGCAGUCAUGCUGGCAUUCCAGUAGAAGCAGACGAGUUUCAGGUGUCAGAGAAGAUAAGACGAAAAUUGAUACGAAGAGGCCGAGAAAAAGAUGCGGUCACAUUCGCAGAGCUGCACAGGAAGCUGCAGUCACAGGGAUUGGUGAAAAACCGAUGGGCCAUUUUGCAUUUACUGUUUUUACUGAGUGAGAAUACUAGAGACAAGUCCUCUAGCUCCCUGUUUGGCAGAGGGCUGCCGAAAUUUGCCACAUCGACCCCUUUCAACGCAGGCAGCGGCCUCCGGCGUCCAUUCACCGCCCCUCCCUCGACUGACACUGCCCGAACGCCUUCCCAACAGUCCAUUGACACCACCGCUAGUAGUGGAAUCAGCAGUAUACACGGCGAUAUCCGUAGCAACGAACCCACACCCGUCCCACAAUCCUUCUUGCCAAGUACUACCUAUGUGUCACUGGAUGGAGAGAGAUCACACAGACAUGGCCCAGUGUCCAGAGUGGUGGGGGCAGUCUCUAGGCAUGACCCAGGUUCUGAUUCAGCAGUUGUACCAAGAAGUAGUCGGCAAACAAUCAAAGUGCAGUCUGAUAACACUAGCUUCGAGAUCCCAGAGACUGAACUGGUUAGGGACCUCGUUUAUGUCUUCCAAGGCAUUGAGGGGAAGUGGGUGAGGUUCGAUGCUUCAAAAGACGGCUACAAAGUCGACCCUCAGGCAGGGAUACCGAAGGCUAUACGACAGCUGGUCAGCAAGCUGGCAGAGUGUGGCUGGCUGUUCAACAAGGUGAAGAACUAUGUGGAGACCAGGUGUGCCGAUAAAACAUUCGGACUUGUUGGACAGAGUUUUUGUGCAGCACUUCAACAGGAACUGACAGAAUAUUACAGGCUGAUUGCAGUGUUAGAGUCGCAGCUUCAGGAAGAGCUUGACCAGGGGAUAGACAUGGUGAGCCAGGGCAGUGUUACACUGAGACGUCUUGUCGUGUGGACCUUCGAUCCCCUCAUUCGCCUCAAGACUCUUGCAGCACUGGUCGAUGUCUGUAAAGGCAAGAAGGGAGGGGCCUUAGCGUCCUCUAUCUAUUCUUACAUGCAGCAUGGGGACCCGUUUGUCAAGUCACUCAUCAGGCAUAUACUCACCAUGGUAUCCCAGCCUAUCUACGCCACUCUGCUGCGCUGGAUCUAUGACGGAGAGCUACAGGAUACCCAUGAUGAGUUUUUCGUGGCUGCUGACCCGACGGUUAAGAACGACAGACUGUGGCAUGAUAAGUACACUCUGAGAAAAUCCAUGAUCCCUGCCUUCAUCACUACAGACCAGGCCAGAAGGAUUCUUUUGACGGGCAAGUCGAUCAAUUUCCUACGGCAGGUGUGUCAGGACCGCACACCCACCAAAGGCAGGGAGGUUGCCAUGGCGAUAGACAUGAGUCAAGCCGAGUGGAUGUUCAUGCAGGACCAGAACAACAACUUCCUUAACAUGGUGGACACUGUUUACAAGGAGACCAGUCGACAUCUCCUGGAUGUCCUGCACUCCAAGUACAAAUUCAUGGAUCAUCUAAAAGCCAUGCGGAGGUACCUACUUCUAGGUCAGGGUGACUUUAUCAGACAUCUGAUGGACCUUCUAGAGGAGGAUCUGGCUAAGCCUGCGUCUAACCUCUACCUCCACAACCUUUCUGGUAUCCUGGAGACAGCCAUACGUGGAACCAACGCCCAGUUUGACGACUCCGAUAUCCUCAAACGACUGGACGUUCGACUUCUAGAGGUGUCCCCCGGAGAUACUGGCUGGGACGUCUUCAGUCUGGAUUAUCAUGUGGACGGACCAAUCAGAACUGUAUUUACGCCAGAGUGCAUGAUCAUGUACCUGCGUGUGUUCAACUUCCUCUGGCGGGCCAAGCGGAUGGAGUACGUGCUGGCUCUCAUCUGGAAGAACCAGAUCUUCAACUCCAAGCUGCUGAAAACCAUUCCAGAGCUGUCCAAGGUACUGCACCAGUGCCACAUGCUGGGCAGUGAGAUGGUUCACUUCAUACAGCAGACCCAGUACUACAUCAGCUUUGAGGUCCUGGAGUGUUCGUGGCAUGAGCUGCUGGGCAAGGUACGCGAGGCAGAGGAUCUGGACUGUGUCAUCGCUGCACAUGAGGUCUUCCUCGACACUGUCAUCACACGGUGUCUUCUUGAUGAACAGUCCAGGGGCAUUCUGACGCAGCUGCGCACAAUCUUCGACCUGAUCAUCGACUUCCAGCAGGCGCAGGACUCGUUCUACCAGACAGCUCAACAUGAGCUCCUGGCACGGCAACAUUACACCAAACUGCAGAAGCAGAGAACCAGUCAGGGAGACUGGGCGGUGACAGAAGAAAUGGAAGAAGAGGAGAGACAUCGCCGCGUGGACUUUCUCAAAUCUGUCAUCCCUUCCACCAGAGCCAAGAUGGCCGUCUUAGCACAGUCUUACCAGGACAUGGUACAGCAGUUCCUGGUGAUGGUCACCAAGCAUCAGGACGUGAGUCUGCGCUUCCUCAGCUUCCGUCUCGACUUCAACGAGCACUACAAGGAUAAGGAGCCUAAACUGUACAGCCCGCAGGGGUUCACACGGGCCAAGCGAGUCACCUAGAGGACUAAACACCCUUAUGGGGUCACCUUAACCAAGUCCUCUUCAUACCUCUAAACCCUUUCCCACUUAGAAGCAAAGUUAAAAUGGCUAUGUGCAAACAGCAUAAAAUCAGAACAGCGUGAAAAUGGCUAUGUGCAAACAGCAUAAAACCAGAACAGCCUGCGAGUAACUUACAGUCUGUUCAGGUUUUCUGCUGUUUGCUGCUCAUCAGUUUCUAAGGUUUGGAGAUUAAGCCUUGAAAACUUAAAUUUAUGUUAUUGUGUAUUACUGGCAACAUCGAGUGGCAACUGACAUCAAACUGUAUAUUAAAUAUCCAAGUGUGAUACUAUACACUUGAACAUGUCAAGUGAUUGGCAUGAACCUGUUGUAAAACUUGCUUUUGCUGGUUUUGGAAUAUUCAAAUACUUUAAUGUUUUGGUAAUAAUUAAAAGGGUUAUUAUUUAUUUUGACUGGAGUCUGAAACAUUUAAUUCUUCUAUUAAAGAAUUGUAAAUAUUUCUUAUUGUAAGUUUAUUGGAUUUUAAUCGAUAUAUAUGUCAAAUAUACUGGGGUGUAUGUUAUUAAAUUUCCUGCAUCAGAUCUGAUGAAAUAAUGUGUUUAAACAAGUGUUUAUAUACAUGGUAUGUAUUACUUUAACAUACCGAGUUAGUGAUAUUACAUUUUAUUAAUUGCUUAGUGAUGGGUUUAUUUUAUUUAUAGAGUUUUGCCAUUAUGAUGGUAAAAAACUAGAAGUUUCUUGUUAUAGCAAACACAAAUCAUUUGAGACAUCUGUUUUAUUUUUGUACUAUUACCAUUUCUAUAAUAAAUAUCCUUUUUUGUCCAUAACUUACGUUUGUUUUGUUACAUGUGUCUUGCAUAUACAGAAUAUGGAUAUUAAAAAAAAAAUCAAAACUGUCUCACAUUGUGAAUAUUAAAUCAUUUCUUUAAAUUGA